GAGUGUCAAAUGCUUACUCUCACGCGCGGUUAAGUGUUUGAAGAGAGCGCGCGCAUUGCACAGAGCGCAAAUGAUAAAUGUCAGCAGUGUGUGCAUAUGCGCGCGCCAUUGCUUUUUUUUUUUAACCGGCAGCGUUGCAGUUGUAUAUGUACAAUAGAUCGCCAAGAACUUCACGCAGCGCGCAGUCAACACACACACAUACGCGCUGCGCUCUUAGCUGCCUGCAUAUCUGACUUUUUGGCUUUAUUUUGUUGAGCGCAUGCCGCUACAUGCAUACGCCUGUGUGUGCUAAUUUCGCUCCGCUGCUGACCACUGGCCUUACUCACGCUCCGUUGCUGUUGUUGUUGCUUGCCGAGUGAAACUAGUCUCUGCAAUAGCGCUCAGCCAUGCGCCAUGUGUAUGUGGGUGCUUAUGCGCGUACGCGUGCGUGUGUGUGUGUAACAGCGCCUCUGUCGCAUUGCUGCUGCUAGCAGUUAGAAGCCGAUGGCACCUCUUUUAUUUUGUUACUUUUGCUCUUUGUUGUUGGUGCCGCUGUCAGUGCUGAGUUCGCGCGUGCAUUUGUGUGUGCGCGCUGCUGUGUUGCGUGCGUGUGUAUGUGCGCGCGCUGUUGUCCGCGCAGCACAAACGUACCCGCGCGCGCCUUUUCUGUUGUGAUCAGUUUUAUUUAUAUAAAAGCAUUGCCAACACGUUCACUUCAAGCAGUCGAAUUCAGAACGCUUCUCAAACGAGAACGCGUGAAAAUUUAACGUUCUACACGCAUCAAAGAAAAAACGGUACAGAUACUCACAAAAGCAACAACAACACACACGCGGAAAAUUUAAAAUAGAAAUUAAAUACAAAAUUCUCGUGAUCGCGUCCAAAAAAAAUAUUUCACGAAAAAGUGAUUUUCGAUUUGAUCGAGUAAGAAAUCGCCGUCAAUUUGUGCGCGAGUCUGUGCUAAUCAUCGAAUGCAAAGGUUGUAGCAAAUCAAAUUAUCAACAACAACUGCAGGCAUUGCUAUCAAAGUCAAAUUGGUUGCUUGUCGAUUUACGUCAUCGGCGCCUGUUGAUUUCAUAGCUUUCGGCUUUCCACACGUUUUGUUUGCAGUGCUGCUCAGUCUAACGCAGAAAGCGUAGAAAAACGUGCGCGUGUGCUACGGUAUUGAGAAAAGUCGUGGCAGAAAAUAGUUAGCUCAUCGACAUAGAAAAUAUAUACAUAUACCGCUUCAAUCGAGUAGAUAAAAUUAUCUAAAUAUAUUUGUGCAACAAUAAAAAAAUACUAUACAAGUGACAUUGUGUAUAGCAGUACUUGAAAGCAACAUACAGCAACAACAAAGCGUUUUUUCAUCAAAUUCGUGCAAAUUUCAACGCAAUAACGGCAGCUGUAACAGAAAAUAUGGUGAAAAACAGGCGUUUUGAAAAAGCACCGAUUAUCGGUACGAGACAUAUACAAUGUUUCCUAUGUUUUUGUUGCCUAUCGAUUUGUUAUGCGUUACGCGUCAAUCUCAGCGUGGGCAUUGUGGCGAUGACGGAUCGGAAUUCCACGAACAGCGAUCUGACGGUAUACGAUUGGAGUGAGGGCACCAAGUCCUAUGUAUUAAGCAGCUUCUUCUGGGGUUAUAUCACCACGCAAAUACCCGGUGGACACAUAGCACAGAAAUAUGGCGCAAAAACAUUACUGCUAAUUGGCAUUACGCUCUGCUCCGUGUUGACACUACUCACGCCGUUAGCUGUUGAGUUUGGCGGUUGGCAGCUAUUGUUUGCGGUACGUGUCAUUCAAGGACUGUUGCAAGGUUCCGUACAUCCAGCCACGCAUGCCAUGUUGGCGAAAUGGUCACCCGUCGAAGAACGUGGCGCGCUGAGUACUUUCUGUUAUUCCGGCUCACAAUUCGGCACUGUUAUUAUAUUGGCUAUAAGUGGCGUCAUUGCUGAAUCACCACUCGGUUGGCCUGGUAUUUUCUACAUCUCUGGCGCUUUGGGUAUAGUUUGGGGUGUCUGUUGGUUCAUAUUUACGGCCAGCACACCAGCUCAACAUAAAACCAUCUCACCGGAGGAACGUAAAUUUAUCGAAAAUUCAUUGGGACAAGUUGAUUCGACGCCACGCACAGUAGCGCCGACACCAUGGGGCAAGAUCUUCACCUCACCGCCAUUUUUAUCACUGAUCAUUGUACACUGCACGCAUAUGUGGGGUUUCUGGACACUGCUUACACAAAUUCCCAACUACAUGAAAAAUAUUCUCGGUGUGGACAUGAAAAAUAGCGCUCUACUAUCGUCUCUACCUUAUGCUGUCAUGUGUUUGCUCAGUUUCUUCUUUAUCUACCUGUCAAAGGUGUUGGCACGUCGUGAGAAUGUAUCGCUGUCAUUUAGUCGCAAAUUCUUCAACUCCAUCGGUCAUUGGAUACCAAUGAUCUCACUUAUCGCGCUCGGCUAUGUCACAAAGGAGCAUUCAUUACUGGCCGUCAUCUUGCUCACACUCACAGUGGGUAUUAGUGGCGCCACAUAUCUAGGCUUUCAGGUCAACCAUAUUGAUCUGUCGCCAAACUAUGCGGGUACGCUGAUGGGCAUUACCAAUGGUUCAGCGAAUGUGAUGAGCGCUUUAGCGCCGCUGGCCGUCGGUCUAGUCGUCACCGAUGUGACAAAUGUGGUUGAGUGGCGUAUUGUGUUUUUCAUCGCUGCCGGCUUUUACUUUGUCGGCAACUUGCUCUUUGUCAUAUUUGGCAAAACCGAAGUGCAAAGUUGGAAUUCACCCGAAGAUGCAUUAGCCAAACGCUUGAACGUGGUGGACGCUGAAUCGCCAGCGUUACUCUUAAAUGGUGAUAAGAAAAAGAUAACAAUCACAGAGAACGGCACGCAAUAGACCAACGAAGCCGUAUGGACUAAUUGCUCCUUUAUUUGUAGUUGUAGUUUAUUAAGCACACAGAAGACCUCCUAGUUGUUAGUAUGCAUAUACUUAUGUAUGAUAUAUAUAUAUAUAUAUAGAUAUGUGUAUGUGUAUAUUAGGGUUUAUGUUAUGUUAAGACUCUUAUGAAUGAUUCCUGUAGUGCGGAUAACGCUGCAUAUUGUUGUUAUUGUUUGCAAUUGUUUGCGUUGCACAUGCGUCCUGCGAUAAUGUAAUUUAUAUCAGUAGUUUUUUAAGUCAUACAUCUAUGUAUCAUAGACAAUAAGUAUUUUAUAUAAAAGAAGGUGUGUGUAAGUAAGUAAGAGCCCAGACAACACAAUGCUCUUACUAAUCUGUACAUAUGUAGUUAACUCAGUCACGAAUAUUAAAGAGUGCUUAACUUGCGUUAUUUCGUGUUAAUUGUGUAUAAUAUAAACAUAAUUGUAAUAUGUGUAGUCACAAAUGUGCUUCCAUUGCCAGCGCAAAAAAACGGGUAAACAAGUCAUAUCAAACAUACAACUUCUAUCGAUAUUAUAUUUUUAAUGAAAAAAUUAGUGAAAUAGAAGAAAGAAAAAAAAAACAUUUUAUAAAUUAGCUUAAAUUAAAUAAUGAAUUACAAAUUUUUAAUAAAAUUUUGUUUACAGUAUUUGUCCAAACGUUUGUAAUUUGUACAAUUGGCGAUAAGCAGUGCUGGGCGUAAUGUGCGAGCGAAUGUGUCAAGUGCCGUUAAUAGUGAUAGCAAAAAUGUACAAUAUAGAUUUGCCUUUUCUCUGGCUAAAUGAAAAAUAAAGCCGUAUUACAACACCUUAGUGCGAUAAAUAUACAGUUAUUCUAUUUUUAGAUUAAAUUCAAUUAUUGAUUGAUUUACUUAUUUGCAAAGUGGAAGUGCGUUACAACACCGAAGUGACGUCUGUAUUGUCUCUGCGUUGUGUAAUCAUAAAAUAUGUCAUAUCAAUGCACUUAAAUUACUUGGUUGUAUAUAUAUAUAUGUAUGUAUAUAUAUAAAUAUUCGAUCAUCGCUACGUUUAUCUAAUCAAAUCGCUGAAGAUAAUCACUGUUGGCAGUUCGAUUCGCUCACACAUAUGCUACAUAUUUUUUCACAGUUAUGUGGAUUACAGUUAUUGAAUGGUGUAUAUUGUUAUUGAACAAGAAUAUCUACUUCAGCAUUUCUUGAGCACUUUGUUUUGAGCAAGUUGUUAUAUUUUAUUUUUUUUUUCAUUUUAAUUUUUUAAUCGGCAAAUGUAUUUUAGUUGAGUUUUAUAAAUUUCGUCCUAGUUUAAGCACACACUUAUCUUUAGGUUGUUAUAUUAAAUGAUGUUAGUUGUGUAGUUGUUAUUUUUUUAGUAUGCAGUAAUAUAAUUUUUACGAAUUGAGACAUAAGUAAAUCAUUAUAUAUAUUUAAUUAUAAAAAGUGAAAGAAUUUGUAAACUAUUAUAUAUAUACAAGAAAAAAUAAUUAUAAUACUAGUAAAUCUGGAAUUGAACUCCAAAAAUAAACUCAAAAUCAAAACAAUUGGUUAAACAAAGCGUUGUCUCAUUACUUAAGCGCUCUUCGAAUAAAACUCAGAACACCUAUUAUGA